CCUCCAUUCUUGUCCGAAAUAUAAACAACCAACAAUUAGCUACCUAGUCAACUGUUACAACACCUACAGCCACUAGACUUGUCAGUCAUGACGGCGGCACCGCCGUUUUCACAGACGGGUUCACAGCCUGACCAAGGACUCGGAUACGCUACCUAUCCUGACUUGAAUGGCCAGCCUCAAACAACGCUCUCUCCUGAUACUACAUCAUCACAACCACAACAGCCCCAGUCAAACUCGCAGACAGAAACACAAACACAGACGCAAGCUGCGAGACGACAGCAGCAACAAUCGAAACAAAAGCAAAAUCAGAAACAACAGCCAAAGGCAGCGCCAUCGACGCAACGCCUCGCGUCACUUAUCGCUGCGCAAAGUGUCCGAAAGACUUUCCGUCGAGAACUCACGCCCUUUGAGCGCGGUCAAAUUGUAGGCGCCGCAUGUAUUGGCAAUGCCUCCAUACGCGACAUUGCUCGCGUCUUUGGGAUAAACACGAGCACCGUGCAGCGCACCCUGAAAGCCUGGCGUCUUACACAGGAGCAGGAGCAGGAGCAAGCACAACCCGCAGGAUCUGCCCAGCCCGCUGAUGGCGCAGAGGGCGCAAAUCCCACCACGGAUAGCGAUAUCCUUGAUGCCGACGGCCAUCAUAAUAACAACAUCAAUGCCAAUGACGGGCACGACGCGCAGGUCAACGGAACCGGGAUCGGGAGUGGACUAGAUACAUUAGUACCUGCCCACACAAUAUCUGGCGCUGAGCAGCCCGGUACAGCGUCUCCAACUACAACUAGAACUAGUCCUACAAACGAUACAAGCACAAAAGCACUGACGUCGACAUCUACAGCUGCACCUACAACAGCACCUACAGCAUCAACCCCGCAGAAACUCUACGACGGGACAUCCAAGCCGCGAACAGGCCGGCAUCGCAAGACGACCCUCGAGCAGGACGAAGCGAUAUGGCGCGCUGUCACGGACCAUCCCGGCAUGGGCGUCAAGACGCUGCACGCGACUGUGCUGCAGGGCAUGGGCAUUAGUUUGUCCACGGUCAAAGGACGCAUGAAGGAGGUGCAACAGCAACAGCAACAACAACAACAGCAGCAGCGACGGUCGAAAGCGCGAGGCGCGGCAGGAGGAGCGAGCGUUACAGGCGCUGGGGUAAGUAAAGGGAAAGGCAAGGGCAAAGGUACGGGGACAAGGACGAGUACAGGUACAUUUACGGCACCAACAACAGAUGGAGCUGCAGGAACGGAAAGGCAGAAUCCGUCGGCUGCUACUGCUGCGGGAGUAGAUGAGAAUGGAAUAGGCCUCGCGUUCGCAGCGCACCAGUCUCAUGCGCCUUCUCUCGACCCUGUUCCUGGUCCUGGUCACGCUCCUGGAAGCGUGCAAAGCACUGGGACUAUGCAGGACCACGUUCCAGAAAUUCAUCUCCAUUCUCGAAUGUAUCCCGAUCAGAGCCUUCUGCCGUGUGGAAUCAUGACACUCAAAGGGUAUGGCGGCGGGUCGGAAAAGUAGAAUUUGGUUCCUGCGCAGAAUAUGAUUUAUACCCCUGUAGUAUUUGUCGAGGAGUUCCGAGGAAUUUUUUUUUUUAAAAAAAAAUUGAAGGUAGAUGGAGA